UUGGAUUACACAGAGUCGUCGAGCUUCCCGACCAAAAACAAGCAGCAAGAGUAAGGAACAUUGGAGGCCCAGGGUGUGCGUUACCAGUGUUUGUCAUUUUUAUGAUUUCCAUUGUUAAAGUUCCGUUUGUCCUACCACGGAAAAGAUGAAAUAGAAGCUGAUCAAUAAACGGGAUUAUUAUGGACUCCAGUUCUAAGACUGCGUAAAAUUGCUGAAAUCCUGACCAGUAGAGCGACCCUUCGUUUCGAUGCAGUGUUUGAGUAUGGGUACAGUUGUAUUAGCUGUACUCACUGUUUUGAUUUCGUCCGCGGAUUGUACAGACAAUAGUGUUCAAUAUCAACACGGAUUCCCAAUAGGUGCCAUUUUUGAUUGGAAUGAUGUCUACGCGGAGACCGGAUUUCGCUACGCAAUGAAUAAAAUAUUGCGUCAGAAGAAAAAUCAUUUCAACUUCUCCACUAUUAUUGAGGAUGUUUCCAUUAACGACAGUUUUCAACUUGUCCAAAAGAUCUGUGACCACCUGUCUAACGGAGUCUUUGCCUUGGUCGGAUCUCGCUCCUACGUUUCCCGCGAAGUCAUAGACUCGUACACUCGUGUGUUCCAUAUGCCAUACCUAAGCCCUUGCACAGAUUAUCACCCCAAAGACCACAAACCCUUUUCCAUCUUCAUGAAGCCGGAUAACACUCGGGCUAUUGCCUCGAUUAUCAAUUAUUUAGAUUGGAAAGAAUUUCAUUAUGUGUACGACACAGAUUAUGGUUUGUCUCGAUUAAUGGAUUUGAAGCUUUGGCUGAAAGAUGGGGAAAAUCAGGUCAAUGUGAUCAGUACAUGGCGCCUGCGCCGUAUACAGGAAGUGCACAGGGACCUGAGAGCGCUGGACAAACAGUACGGGCCCCCUACCAACUUCACCCCCAUCAACGUUGUGUUUGACUUGUCCAAUGAAACUGCUUAUGGUGCAGUGCUGGACAAGAUUCGAAAUGUGGGGAUGAACAAAAAAGGCUACUCGUAUCUGUUGGGAAGUUUGGACAUAGUGAACCAUGACCUAGAACGGUUCUCUCAUGGUGGAGUGAACAUAACAGGUUUCCAGCUAGUAGACCACGAGUCGGCCACGGUCCAGAGUUUUCUGGAGGAGUGGAGCGAGCUACCACGCUCCAUUUGGGAGGGCGCAGGGAGCACUGUCAGGAUGGAGUCUGCCCUGCUUGUGGAUACAGCCAGUCUGUUGCGAGAGACAAUCCACACAAUGUUAAAGAACGAUUCCACGGUAUUCCGAUCUACAUUCAGACGUGCCAAGGUCUACAACUAUGAUCUAACACAGGGCAUACCAUGUACGGGAAAUAAGCCUUGGAUGCAUGGUCUAAAGAUAAUGGAAAAUUUAAAAAAGGUGAGCAUCAAUGGACUUACAGGCGAUGUUCAUAUAGACCAAGAAGGCCGUCGGCAGAAUUACUCCAUUGGUGUAUACAGAGUCGGAUUCAAAGAAAACCCUAGAAAGAUAGGGAACUGGGUUGAUAAAAAAGGCUUUGUCCCGGAGGGAACCAAUGAUACUCUUACGGAGGAUGGUGAUGAUCUUUCCAGCCUGAUAGUUACCAGUAUAUUUGAGAGACCAUUUCUGCAGUACAAAAAAGAAUACGAAAAUCCAGAAAAUAGAAAAAAUGUGAAGAACCCAAACGACCUGUACGAGGGCUACUGUGUGGAUCUUAUUGCCGCCGUAUCUGAACAGUUAGGGGGAUUCAAGUACACCAUCAGACCAAUCAAAAGCUCGGUGUACGGAGCCAAGGUCAACGGAACGUGGACGGGCAUGAUUGCGGAGCUCGUUAAUAGGAAAGCUGAUUUAGCAGUUGCUCCCCUUACGAUAACAAAACAACGGGAGGAGGAUAUUGCCUUCACCAAACCCUUUAUGAACAGUGGUAUCAGCAUCAUGAUAAAGAAGCCAGAAAUCCAAAAACCCGGGGUGUUCUCUUUUCUAAAGCCGUUUUCGAUUCCUCUUUGGAUGUGCAUCAUCGCAGGAUAUUUUUGCGUUAGUUUUGGGAUGUUCAUAGUCAGUCGCUUUAGUCCCGCGGAAUGGAGGCGAAAGUGUCUCCGAGUGGACAAUGGCGUCGUCAACAAGUUCACAUUAGAGAGUUCCCUCUGGUUCACUAUGGGGGCUCUUAUGUUACAAGGAAGUGAUACCUGUCCAAGGUCGGUGGCUGGUCGUAUCAUAGGUGGAACUUGGUGGUUCGCUGUUCUGAUAGUCAUUUCUUCUUACACAGCAAAUCUAGCUGCAUUCCUCACAAUAGACAAAUUAUUAACCCCGAUACAAAACGCAGACGAUCUAGCAGCGCAGACAGAAAUUACCUAUGGUACGCUUGAGUCCGGAUCUACACAGUCGUUCUUUAAGGACUCCAAAGUACCGACUUAUCAGAAGAUGUGGGCGUAUAUGUCCACGGCGUACCCUAGGGUCUUUGUGAAGACCACGGCGGAAGGUGUUCGAAAGGUCCGUGAAAUGAAGGGAAAAUACGCUUUUCUACUUGAGUCAGUGUAUAACGAAUACUUCGGCCAAAGAGAGCCCUGUGACGUCAUGCAGGUUGGUCCACCUCUGAAUACAAAAGGAUACGGCAUUGCAACACCAAAAACAUCCAAACAUCAGGAACUUUCUGAAAAAAUGUCCAUUGCAAUACUUCAACUUAAAGAGAAUGGGUCUUUGAUUAAAAUGAAGAGACGAUGGUGGAUAGAUAAAGGAGAGUGUGGAGUUCAGGAAGAUAACCAGGGCAAUAAAAAGAAGAAAUCGUUAUCGCUGAGUAACUUGGCUGGGGUUUUCUUUAUCCUCAUAAGCGGCCUGGUGUUCUCGAUUAUUCUUGCCGUCUGUCAUUUUCUGCGUUCAAGGUCCAACAACAAACAAGGGGGGUUUCUGAUGCUCGGAAAUGACGCAACAAACAUGUACUGUGGCCAUUUUGGAUACCCUGUUGAGGAACGGAGCAAUGGAAUGAGUCCAAAAGUGCCUGGAGGGAUCUUAUCCAACGCAGAAAAACAAGACUGGCCGGAAGAAAGUAACCAUAAAAUCAACCACAUUCACGCCACCAGCCUCCUCUGAGACCUUUUCGUAGUCAUUAGCUUUUUUAAAAACAUCAUUUUGCUUUAUUUUUCUCAUUUCAUUGUUCAAAUCUCUAUAAUGCAUUUAUAUUAAAAAGAAUGUGCGAU